UAUCGUUGGUUUGCCUCCUCGAAAGACUGAAGAAGAAUGUUUGACGAGCUGGCGUUCUCUGUACAUUGAGGGGCAAACGUUUUUGAAUGCAAUUAUCUCCUUCAAGUGUGAGAAAACGUAUAAAGGAGGCUGACGUCUGUGAAGACAAUGUUUUUGAAAAAAACAAUGAAAUUAACAGCGGUGAUUUUACGAACAUGGAAUCUAUUUUCAGGCGUGAAACUCGGCAAUGUCAUGCCAAUGAGGCAUGGUCAUGGCAGCUGGGGCGGAGUAUUCAAUGCUAACCUUAGCUGGAUGGUCACUCAUGCAAUUAGAAGCAGCAUGGUCAGAAACCAAAUAAGGGAUGGGUGUAACCAACCUGCUGAAGUGGCCAAUAAUGAAGCCCUCACCAUUCAGCCAGUGAGACAUUAUGCACGUGCAGUACAAAAAAAGCAAGAAUUUCAGAGUCAACUACAAGACCUUCCCCCAUCUAUGCUGAAACUUGAAUUUGCUACUGUUCCACUUGCUCACACAGUUGAUGAUGUGGUCAAAAGACUUCUCUCACUGGAACUUGGAAGCCACAGAGAUAAACUGCGUCUGAAAGAGGAACAGCUGAUUGCAAAGGUCCAGCGAGAUGAAAAUGACCGCAGCUCAACAGAAGUUAAGGUCGCUGUAUUGACAGCACGAAUUCGUAACUUCCAGGAGCACUUGCAGAAGCACCCUAAGGACAAAGCUAACAAGAGAUGGAUGCUGAUGAGCACUGACCAGAGGAAGAAACUGCUAAAAUUCCUGAGAAGGACCCACUAUGAUGCAUUUGAGAAAGUCUGCCAUGAGCUGGACAUCACAUACACUUUCCCUCCAGAGUAUUGUAGACGAGCCACGCGGCGCUGGUUGGCUAAGAAAGCGCUAUGUAUCAAGGUCUUCAAAGAGGUCCAGAAGCAGAAAGCAGAGCAGAGAAAUAAAAUGAAGCAAGCUCAGGAGAAGGCUGAGGCUUCUAGCACUACCCCAACAAAUGCCCAAGAGACUGCAGUAUAAUACAGCACAACAAACCAAUCAUGCAAAAUAACUUCAGCUAAACAACUUAAAAUAAAACAUAGCUUCCAAACACUGACAACAGAGGAUUUUACAUGUACUGGUGUGAUAUUUAUUUUGGCAGAUAUGUUCAUACAUUUGUCAAAGUAAGAAGCUAACAUUGUUCAUCUCUUACAGUUAUUAAAUAAAGUUUGAUUGAUCUUUCUCUCAUAA